AUGUCUCACACAUCUCCUUUUCGAAUUCCAAAAUCCGUAUAGCCGACCAAAUCACUGUGUAAUAUUCCCUUUUCACCAACCAAAUUCGAGCAACACCAAUUAAUUUCGAGCCCACAUUCAAACCGUUGCUUGUUUGAUUACUAGAAUUAGCUAAAAAAUAAAACAACAAUUUGUCGCUUUGGCCUUUUUCUUUCCUCAAUAUUGCAAUAACAGUUCAUACCAGCUGAAAUCUCACUGCUUUCUUUCUCUGGGUGAUGAAUUUCGCGACUAUUUCUUCAUCUUCUAGAUUUGUUCGUUGCAGCACCAACCCGGAGUUGAGAAGUCAAGCUCAUUCCCACCCCUGACGUAUUUCAACGACCAUGAUCCCUUCACUCCUUGAGAUUUUCGCUAUGUUUUGAGCAAUUGGAUCGUUUUCUCCGAUGGAUCCCGCCGCCUCGCGCCCUGCUGUGGUAAUCGACAAUGGCACUGGGUAUACUAAAAUGGGGUUUGCUGGUAAUGUGGAGCCGUGCUUUAUAGUUCCGACUGUAGUUGCGUUAAACAACUCGUUCUUGAACCAGCCGCGGCCGAAUUCGACCAAAAACAGCAAUUGGAUAGGGCAGCACAAUGCUGGGGUGAUGGCGGAUCUGGAUUUCUAUAUAGGCGAAGAGGCGUUGUCUAGAUCUAAAUCUAGCAGCACUUACAGUUUGAGCUAUCCAAUUAAGCAGGGAAAGGUGGAUAAUUGGGAUUCGAUGGAGAGGUUCUGGCAGCAUUGUAUAUUUAACUAUAUACGGUGCGACCCAGAGGAUCAUUACUUCUGUUUGACGGAGAGCGCCCUGACUGCACCGGAGAGUCGGGAGUACACCGGAGAGAUCAUGUUUGAGACGUUUAAUGUCCCGGGGCUGUAUAUUGCGGUGCAGCCUGUUCUUGCUUUGGCAGCUGGAUACACUACUUCCAAGUGUGAGAUGACAGGAGUUGUAGUGGAUGUGGGAGAUGGGGCUACUCAUGUCGUGCCUGUUGCAGAUGGUUAUGUUAUCGGGAGCAGCAUUAAGUCUAUUCCAAUCGCAGGAAAAGACGUAACUCGGUUCAUCCAGCAGCUCAUGAGAGAAAGGGGGGAGCAUGUUCCACCUGAAGACUCCUUUGAUGUAGCCCGCAGAGUGAAGGAAAUGUAUUGCUACACUUGUUCGGACAUUGUCAAGGAGUUCAAUAAACACGACAGAGAACCUGCAAAAUACAUUAAGCAGUGGCGAGGUACCAAGCCGAAGACUGGGGCUCCUUAUUCUUGUGAUAUAGGCUACGAAAGGUUCCUUGGACCUGAGGUCUUCUUCAACCCCGAAAUCUACACGAAUGAUUUUACCACCCCUCUGCCUGAUGUGAUUGAUAAAUGUAUUCAGUCAGCACCAAUAGAUACAAGAAGAGCAUUGUAUAAGAACAUCGUAUUAUCUGGAGGAUCAACCAUGUUCAAGGACUUCAACCGGAGGCUACAAAGGGGUAUAAAGAAGAUUGUUGAUGCCCGGGUUCUUACAUCAGAUGCUAGACUUGUUGGAGAAAUAAAGUCGCAACCCGUGGAAGUAAAUGUCGUUAGCCACCCAAUCCAGAGAUACGCGGUUUGGUUUGGAGGGUCCGUGCUUGCAUCCACUCCUGAGUUUUUCACCGCUUGCCAUACGAAGGCAGAAUACGAGGAAUGUGGAGCAAGCAUAUGCCGCACAAACCCAGUUUUCAAGGGAAUGUAUUGAUACAUAUACAUGAAGAUCAGUCAAACUAGAUUCUUGUAGCUGCGAAGGUAAUUUUUGGCUCGAAUCGAAAAAGUAAAACCACCACCCAUCAGCAGUAUUUCAUGUUUUGUACUGAAUACCCGCAGCAGUCCAAAUGCAGUUUCUUGUAUCGAGAUGACGCUUUCGUCUUCCUGUAGCCUUCACCUCUGCAUCAUGUUUGCUUAGAGAAAUGAAUGUCAAAUUUUCUUUUACUUUAGCCAAAUUUUGGUGACCAUAGAUAUAUGUCAUGUGUUUCUGUUGUAAUAUUCUCUCAAUAGUGUACUGGAAAUUUUUGUAGUUUCCAAUUUUGUUGUUUGCAUCAUAUCAGAGUUGCAGUGAAUUUAUCUAACGUCUAAGAGUAAAUAUUUCAUUUUUAUGAA